AUGCCAAGAGAUCCUGUGCUACCUAUUGGCGGUGCACGGUCCGUCCAAAAGGCAGCCCCUGUAAGGCCUUGGCAGCUGUCAUAGACAGUCACACGUAUCUGUUACGUAAUCUCAGCAGUCACACCUUUCGUUUUGUUUGUAUAGAACGCACAUGACAAGAAGUUGAUUCACAACUUGAUUUACUGGUUAUUAUAGGAUAUCGAAUUAAGUGUACAUAUUAGGGGCGUGUGAUUUUGACUCGAGAGGGUUUUGCACGAUAGUUUUUAGUGGAAUAAAUCGAAUUAGUGACAAGAACGACUGCGCCUUCUUCAUGUUUAUAACAGUAGGAGAAAGAGACGGAACAUUCCAUGCGGGGAAGAAUUCCCAUAACCACACGGCGGAAUUUGAGGCUGCAAUUGCGAGAAAGAUCGUCAAUACGGAUAAAACCAAGGCGCUGGAUAACAAGUUCAAGCCAGCUUCGGCGAUAGUGAACGAGGUAAUUACAACGCUACAUUAGCAAAUACUUACUAAACAAGCACAGACAGUUCAGGGGCACCCAACGAGAAUAUAGUUCAAAACUACUUGAACAUAGCAUCGUUGGACGUAUUUUAUUAUUUAAACGGUACAUAUAGGCAUAUUUUCAUCCCCUAAAAAUUUUUCAUCUGUUCGGAUUUCCUAGAUGAAAGUCUAGUGAUCCGAAAAUUAUAGGGAUCAAAACUUGCCUUUUCGAAAUUUCAGCCAGAAAAAAGGCUUUCGAAAAUUCUAGGUGACCUUUUUAGGGUAAACAUCCGUUAAAAUGGGCAAUUGUACCACUUUUUAGAUGUUCGAAAAUCCAAGGAGAGGCAGGAAAGGAAGACAUUUUAAAACAAAUGUUAGGAAAAUUCCAGACCUCAGAUAUCUUCCAAAAAUUGGGUGCCCCUGACAAUUUGAUGUUAUAUGGAAUAUAUUGCUGUAUUGAUUCUAUAAAAUACAGUUUAGAUGAUAACCAUGCCUAAAAUAAGAACCUAGUUUAACUGUAACUCCUAUGUUUUAGGUCCUGUCAGAUGAAUUGACAGAAUCCCCGUGCCCAGCCAUUCGCAAACCUGAGUACAUAGCGAGGAUCGCCAACCGCCAGCGCCAAAGCUUAGCGGAACAUGCAAAAGCAUUUCAUUUCAAACCAAAUCGAAAUUCAGCUGUAUUUGGCUAUCAUAAAUCACCUGAGGGUAAUAAUACUCUAAAUAAGAUUUUGCCAGAUAUGUUGUGCAGUCAAGCGGGUCUUAAGAUAAGUUAA